GACAAUACUCGGAGUACUUUCAUAUAUUGUAAGUACCAAAACAAACUAAGAAAACAAGUGUAUAACCAGUCAAAUUAAAGUUUGAAUUUUGGAGGAGGACCAGUCUAUGACAGGACAAUGUUGUAUGUACUACUACUGUUGAUUGCUGCGACCAGCGUUUCUCACAUAGAGGCAUGCUCCUGUCUACAGUCACAUCUACAAUCACUAUACUGUGAUGCUGAUUUUGUGAUGCAAGUACGGUUACGUGGUCCACCAGAAGAGAUAUACAGGAAAGAGGAGACAGAAGAUUUUGAUGAGACUUCAAAUAGUUACCGUACAUUCAUUAAUAGAAGAGUAACUGCCAUCAAAUAUAAUGUAAAAAUCAGGCAAAUCUAUAAGCUGAAAGAUAAUUCUACUGGUUUGGACAAGAAUAGUACAGUAACAGAAAUCUUCACAGGGCCUAAUGAUGGGUUAUGUGGUGUCCAGUUAUUUGAACGGACCAACUACCUUCUAUCAGGGAAAUAUUCCAAUGGUGCCCUGCAUAUUGAUAUAUGCAGUUCUAUUGCUAGUCCUUGGUCAUUUAUAACAAAGAUGCAGAAGAAAGGACUUCGCUUUACUUAUAAAAGAUCAUGUGAUUGUAAUAUACAAAACAUUAACUAUGUUGAUGAAGUUGAUCCGAAGGCAUGUGUAUGGGAUCCACGUAAAGUUGAUGGCAACUGUUACGAGAGACAAACUGCGUGUAUUCUUGACAAGAACAGCUCAACGGGUGGCUGUAAAUGGCAGCGGAACGGAAAACUGAAGGCAUGUCGUCUGGAUGCAAAAUCAAAAAGAAAGCUGCCUUAAAAUGAGAAUGAUAAACAUUUACUUUAACUUAAACUUUGUGUAGUUUACCUUAAAUUUGUGAAAUUUAAGGUACUUUGAUUGUGUCAUUUGCCUAAACUUUGUGAAGUUUAUGGUACUUCAUGUUGCUUACCUAAACUUUAAUUUUGUAAAGUUUACUUUAACUUUCUGAAGAUUAAGGUAUUUUGUGUAGUUAACUUCAGCUUUGUGAAGUUUAUGGUACUUUGUGUGUUUUGCCUAAACUUUGUGUAUUUCUACUUUUUGUGAAGUUUUAUGUUCUACAAUGUAUGUCAGGUUUACCUUAAAUUUUGUGUAGAUUACUUUAUCUUAAAAUGUUUCAUAUAUUUGUACAUGUUUUGGUUAUUAAAUAAGAAAUAAGAGCCACGUCAUGACAAAACCAUUAUAAUGGGUUUGCGACCAGCAUGGAUCCAGAUCAGCCUGCACAUCUGCGCAGUCUGAUCAUGAUCCAUGCUGUUCGCUAUCAGUUUCUCUACUUGUAAUAGGGUUUGUAAGCGAACAGCAUGGAUUCUGAUCAGACUGCGCGGAUGCGCAGACUGGUCUGGAUCCAAGCUGGUCGCAAACCCAUUAUGUUGGUUUUGUCAUGACGCGGCUCAAAUAUUUAGGUUGAUGAAAAAUCAUGACCUAAUUGUAUCAUUUUUCAGAAGCAGUUUCUGUGACUCUCUUAAAUUUUAAUAUACAAACAAAGAGUAAUGUCGGCAUUUUACAAAGAUAGAGUAAAAUCUGGCAGUAUAAGUCAGUCAAUAUAAAGAUGAUUCUUUUUCACUGUAAUCUUUUCUUAUUUAGGGUAUCAUUACUGUAUGUGAUUAUAUAAUUAACACAUGGGUCUGUGGGUAACAGUAAAAAUAUCAUCCCAAGGAAAAUCUCAGCUAACAGUAUUUUUACAAGGAAUAAUAUUUUAACUGUUGAUAAAUUCAGAAUGAAAAAAAUAACCUCUGUAUACAGUUCAAAGGUGGUAUUAUUGAAAAACCCUUUUUACAUGCCCCAUAUGGCAGUGUCUGUGCAUAUGCGCGCAAGGCAGGAAGCCCCCAAUGUUGACAAGGUCUUGUUUUGACAACACACAAGUGAAAGUAAUCUAAAAAGAAAAAGUUUGUACCUAGUUCACUAUCUGAGUGAUUUGGAACAUUUUUUUUAAAGAAUCAAGCAUUUAAAGAAAAUAUAUGGGAACCGCCUAUGUACUGAAACCACUUGCAUGCCAGUAUAUCACACUGUACAGUAUAGACGUCUCCUUCAUCAACAUUAUACAGUUUCAUUUUAUGUGAAAUAUUUUCCCAAACAACUCAAGUUUCUUUUUGUUAUAGCCAUUGAAUAACAAACAAAUAAAUGAUGAAUUAUAGAAAUUUAUAAAUCAUCAAGUUUCA